AUGCCAGAUCACGCCUCCGAAGAUCCACAGGCCUCGCUCACGGCCUUCAUAUCCGGACCUCUGGAAGUUUCACAAGCGUAUUUUACCAGAUAUUACCGCCCACGCAUCGACGAUGCGAUCUCCUCAGGCCAUAAGUUCGUCGUAGGACCUGUGAGUGGUAUCGAUGCUCUCAGUCUGGAAUACCUGCUCUCUCGGGACGUAGAGCAGUCCCGAAUCAAGAUCUACAUGGCCGCGUUCGAAAUCGCAGCGCGCCCCGCUUUCGUGGCGGAGAUGAAGAGACGGCUUGGUGAUCACGGGGUGAUGGAAGCUAAGAGGGAAGAUGGAACAGGAGCACUGACUACUUGGGACAGAGAUGCUGCCAUGACUAGAGACAGCGACUAUGACAUUCUCAGGUUCAGGACCGAACGCGAACAGAAGAGCAUCUAUGGGGUUAUGUGGCGGCCUCGGGUCAGUAACACGGAGAGAAAUUGGAGAAGGAGGAAAGGUGAAGAUAGAAUGGAAGAAAGGCAUGUGGAGUACGUGUCACACGUUGACAGCUGGGAAAUGAAGCUGAGGGAGACUGUGCCGUGGAUGAGAGCGGAAAGCGACGACAAGAAUAUCGCGACACAGUGCGAUGGGCUUUGCGAUGCACACCGCGAUGUCGUGCAUUCCAUGUUUGGGAAGAUUGCAUUUGGAUACGGGAACGACGGCGAGAGACUUGCAUGA